AUGGAUUCCAAGUCCUACGAGUACUUGACACCGGAGCAAGUGGAAUUUUUCCUGGAAUUUGGAUAUGUCAUCAUCAAGAAUGCGUUUACGAAAGAGCAAGCAGCAGAGUGGACAAAAGACUUGUGGUUUCGACUAAAUUUGGAUCCCAACGAUAAAUCGACUUGGAAUCAGGAGCGUAUCCACCUCCCAUUCAACUCUCGGGAGAAGGUCGCUCGCUUCGCUCCAAAGGCAUGGGCUGCAAUGAAGGACCUACUCGGGGGUGAAGAGAGAAUCGAAGAAGAAGCUUCCAGUUGGGGUGACUCCUUCAUUGUCAAUCUAGGUACAGAACAAUGGGAGAAGGCCACAGAGACCAUUGCGCCAAAGGAUUUAGAUAAUUGGCAUGUUGAUGGAGACUUUUUUGUAGGCAUACCGUCUUGGAAGCUAUUGGCCAUUCUGAAAUCACAUGCAGAUAUUAAACCUCUGGGAGGUGGAACGAUGAUUUGCCCCGAUGGAAUCAACCUCAUUGCCAACUACCUGGCGGAACAUCCUGAAGGCGUUCUCCCUACUGGUUUGUCGUUUACGCCGUCCACUAGCACGUUUGAGAACCACCAAGACCACCCUGGGUACUGGUCGCAUCUGAAGGAAAUCAAAAGAUGCAACCAAUUCGUUGAAAUGACAGGCGAGAUCGGAGAUGUUGUCCUGAUGCACCCCCUUAUGUUGCAUUCUGCUUCCAAGAAUUACUUGCGUAUUCCGAGAAUCAUCACCAACCCUCCUGUCUCUCUCAAGGAGCCGUUCAACUUUAACAGAGACGAUCCCUCCGAAUACAGCCUUGUUGAGAGGAAGACACUAAAAGCCCUUGGUGUCGAGCGGUACCCCUUUAAAAUCACUACGGAGAGAAGAAGGAUUGUCCCUGCCCGGGUGCUGAGACAGCAAAAGAUGAUGGAGGAUGAAAAGAGGAGAUUGGCCGCGUUGAAGGAGGCCUCCGAAGCCGCAAAUGAGUUGCAGAGUAAAAACAGUAUUCUGGUAAAGUAA